AAAACAAACCUAAAAGCAGAUGAAGGCAGGAAUGUGGGUUUUAAAGUAGACACUUUUCUUGUUUUAACCAAACAGAGUCCACUAGAGUCCAGUCCGUUGAGAACUAAGUCAAAUUUAGAUGCACAUCAAGGCGUCGCCCAUCAAAGCCUAAUUGCAUUUUCCGUUGAACAAAACUAAUUACCCGAUAGAGUCAUCGGCUAACAGAAAGGGCUACAUCGCCGCCUCGCCUCCGAUCAGCCUUCGUCCGCCACCGCUUGCUUGCGUGGGUAUCCGAGACCUGGAUGGCUAAACCGGCGCGGUCGCCGACGGCGGAUGCCCCGCCGCCGGCCGUGGAGAGGUCCCGCUCAGCGGUCGGAUCGGGGCUCCGUUCGCUCGCCAGCGCCGCCUCGGGUUUUCUGGAUCGGUGGUCGGUGGUGGGGACCGGCGUCUCCAGGCUCGAGAAGGCGCUCGGCGACCAGUUCCCGGAGGGCGAGCACUACUUCGGCCUCGAGAAUUUCGGCAACACCUGCUACUGCAACAGCGUCCUACAGGCACUUUAUUUUUGUAUUCCAUUCCGGGAGCAGUUGCUUGAAUAUUAUGCGAAGGACAGAAAUCCAGGAGAUGCUGAGGAAAAUUUGUUGACCUGUUUGGCAGAACUUUUUGCCCAGAUAAGCCUAUCAAAGAAAAAGACUGGUGUUAUUUCUCCAAAACGUUUUGUGCAUAGGGUGAGGAAACAGAAUGAAUCAUUCCGGAGUUAUAUGCACCAGGAUGCCCAUGAAUUUUUGAAUUUCUUACUGAAUGAGAUUGUUGAUAUUCUGGAAAAAGAGUUCAGUAUGAUGAAGGAUUCUCCUGAAACCACAUCUCCUGAAGGAGCCUCAAAUGGGGAUAUUAACCAUUUAGCAAAUGGAGUUGGAAAAGAGCCACUGGUUACAUGGGUACACAAGGAUUUUCAGGGUAUUUUAACCAAUGAAACGAAGUGCCUCAUGUGUGAGACUAUCACCGCAAAGGAUGAGACAUUUUUAGAUUUGAGCAUCGAUAUUGAACAGAAUAGUUCACUCACAAGCUGCCUAAAGAAUUUCUUUUCCACUGAAACUUUAAAUGCUGAGGACAAGUUCUUCUGUGACAAAUGCUGCAGUUUGCAAGAAGCACAGAAGAGAAUGAAGAUAAAAAAGGCACCUCAAAUAUUGGUGAUCCACUUAAAGCGCUUCAAGUUCGUCGAGCAGCUUAGUCGGCACAAGAAACUGUCAUACCGAGUGGUAUACCCAAUGGAGCUGAAGCUGAGCAGCACAUCUAACGAUGUAGAUUGUGAGUACUCCCUCUUUGCUGUUGUAGUCCACCUUGGGAGCGGCCCCAACCAGGGACACUAUGUAAGCCAAAUUAAAAGCUGCGACCACUGGUUGUCUUUCGACGAUGACAAUGUUGAGAAAAUUCAGGAGUCCACUCUGCAAACGUUCUACGGUUCUUCUCACGAAUAUGCUGGCAACACAGAUCAUGGCUACAUCUUGUUCUAUGAGCGCAUUGUGAAGAGCUAGGAAUGUUCUUUUAUUUAGUGUUAGUGCUGAUAGACGAAAUAAGGUGUACAGUGUAAAGGAUGGUAGUCUGAUACCUUUUGUUUUCAACUUUUUCUCAGUUUAUCUACUGCACCCCAAUAGAAUAUACUUCCAUCAAUAAAAUAUAUUUUUACAGAGGCUGAAAACGUAUUCUGAUUGAACUCCUC